AUGCUUCCUCCCAUCCCUGUCUUGGCCGACUAUGGAAUAUCUCCAACUCACGGUUUCCUCCCGGACGUCCUGCCGUUGACGAGACUCCCCGACCCAUACUACAACAAAUGGGAGGCCAUCGUCGCCAACCUGCAGGGCCUCAUCCUCAGUAAGCGACUGCGCGGAGUCGUCGAUCGCCUCCCCGUGCUCUCUACCAUCGGUUUGGAACACGACGCAGAAUGGCGCAGAGCCUACAUGCUGUUAUGCUUCAUGGCCCACGGCUACAUCUGGGGCGGUGACAGUCCCAGCGACCGCCUGCCGCCUUCCAUCUCAGUCCCACUUCUCAAGGUGUCGGAGCACCUCGAGGUGCCGCCCGUCGCCACCUACGCGGCUGUCUGUCUCUGGAAUUUCAAGCCGCUCUUCAUGGACGAGGACAUUGAUAAUCUUGAGAACCUGGCCACCCUCACCACCUUCACCGGCGCCCUCGAUGAGUCAUGGUUCUACCUUGUCUCGGUGGCCAUGGAAGCCCGCGGAGCGCCCAUCAUUCCCCUUAUGUUGACCGCUAUCGCCGCGGCGCGGGAGAAUGACGCCGAAGCAGUGACGCGCUGCCUCCACACGUUUGCGGAGCGCUUGGAUGACUUGACGACGCUGCUCCAGCGCAUGCACGAGAGCUGCGACCCGCACAUCUUCUACCACCGGAUCCGCCCCUUCCUUGCCGGCAGCAAGAACAUGGCCGAGGCAGGCCUGCCCAACGGCGUGCUGUACGAAGACGGUUCCGGAAACGAGGCGUACCGCCAGUACGCGGGCGGCAGCAACGCGCAGAGCAGCCUGAUCCAAUUCUUCGACAUUGUCCUCGGCAUCGAGCACCGCCCGACCGGCGAGAAGAAGCCCACCACGCAGGACGCAGAGCGCGUGGGCCGCGCCCCGCCGCCGAAGCACAACUUCAUCAUGGAGAUGCGCCGCUACAUGCCGGGCCCGCACGCACGCUUCCUUAACGACGUGCAGGCGGUCGCCAACAUCCGCGACUUUGUCGAGCAGCACAGCGACAACCGCCCGCUGUGCGUCGCCUACGACGCCUGCCUGUCCAUGCUCCGCGCCCUGCGCGACAAGCACAUUGCCAUCGUUACGCGCUACAUUGUGCUGCCCUCCCGCGAGGUCCGCGCCCGCAGCCGCAGCCCCGAGGCCACGCGCAACAAGGUCAACCUGGCGACCGCCUCGCGGCAGCGCGCUCAGCCGCAAGGCAUAGCGUACGAUGCCCGCGCCGCCGCCGCUCAACAGGACGCUGCUGCUGCUGCCUCUGGGAACAAGGGCGGUGCCAACCUCAAAGGCACGGGCGGGACGGCGCUGAUUUCGUUCCUGAAGCAGGCGCGGGAUGAGACGGGCGAGCCGGCGAUCGAGGAGUGGACGAGGCGGUUUAUGAGCCGCCAGCCGAGGACCGAGGGCCAGAAUGACUUCUUUGCUGGUAAGCCCGACGAAGGAGCUGGUCUGCAGGUCAACCCCGCCGAGGCGGAGGAGGUGGCGCUGCCUGGUCUCGCGGGCAGUUGGACAAUGGAUGAGGAUGUGGGCGGGAUUUGUAACUAUUAG